ACUCACACAGCUUCUGCUUUUCACUCAUGAAUAUUUUUUUUUUUGCAGAGAAAAUGAGGAAGCUUUUGAGUUUCAUUUUCCUCUUGGCCCUUUUUGGCCACAGAAGCUGCAGCAACAUGGAGCCAGGAGGAAGCGUUUGCCCGCCCCGAUGCCAGUGUUUCACGCCACUCCAGGUUCUGUGUGCUGACGACAGAAUGACAUCUCUGCCUCAGAACAUCUCCAGACUGACGAAGGAGGUGAUCAUCAUGACAUCCGGCAUGGAGUAUCUGUUCCCCAACUCCUUGCGUGGGAACCCUGCGCUGGAGAAACUCAUCCUCUUCAACAAUGUGCUGCGGAGCAUCCACGCCGAUGCGUUCCAGCAGCUGACGGCGCUGCAGGAGCUGGAGAUCAGCGGGAACCCCUCGCUGGACCAUCUGUUCCUGGGGACAUUUGCUCAGCAGAGCAACCUGACUCGACUGGUGCUGAACUACAACAGGCUGAAGACAGUUCUGCCCGGCAUGUUUGACAACCUGAAGCGUCUGGAGACUCUGCAGAUGAAGGGGAACGUCUUGACCUUCAUACCGUCGCUUCUUUUCCUCAAUCUGCAUCAUCUCCGCGUGCUGGAUUUGUCGCUGAACAAAAUUGAGGAGGUGACCAGGGAGACCUUUUCUGGUCUGGCCAGGCUUGAGAUACUGAAGUUGAACAACAACAAGAUCAGCAACAUUUCUUCAGACGUCUUCACCGACGUGAGCCGGCUGAAAGAGCUUCAUCUGGAGGGGAACUUCAUCUCCCAGCUCAGCGACGACUUGUUCUCCGAGUCAAGCCGCCUGACAGUGCUGAAUCUCCGCGGCAACCGACUCCUCAGCUUUCCAGAAAACGCCUUCGGUCCUGCAGGGUCCACUUUAAAGGAGCUGAACUUGAAAGGCAACAGGUUGAGAGAGCUUUCCUCACUCAGCAGUUUCACGUCUUUAUACCAUGUGAUUUUGUCGACCAAUCAGCUCAAGUCUCUUCCGGAGGACGUGUUCAGAAACGUCACCGCGCUGGAGUUUCUGGAUCUCUCUGAGAAUCAGUUCUCCAGGCUGCCAGAGACCAUUUUCAAAAACCUCUCCAACAUCAAGGUUCUUGACCUGCACAAGAACCAGCUGGAUGAGCUGGACGCUGGCCUGUUUCAGGAUCAGGAGUUCAUGGAGCGGCUCUAUCUCUCCGACAACCAGCUGAGGAGCCUCCCCACCGGACUCAUGGACUCCUUCAGCCUCCAACACAUUGUGAGACUUCACGGGAACCCUUGGAACUGUGACUGUCACAUGUCAUACCUGCACAGCUGGGUGCUGAACAACAGCUACGAUGUGGAGAUGUUAGACAGGGUGACGUGCCAGAGCCCGGGCAUCCUGAGGAGGAGAACCGUGGCCUCCAUCCAGGCAGAGCAGCUGCAGUGCAGGACGCCUGAGGACAGCAUGGACCGCUGCAGCCUGCACUCGUCUCCACACUCACUCACCAUCAAGUGUAAAGUCGAGAAACAAACCAAAAUGAGCGUGAAGGUUCUGUUUGAGGAUGACCACGGAAACAUUCAGGAGCAUGUAGUGGGAAGUGAAGUUGCCACAAAUGAUGCUGUUAAUGUGAGUGGAAAGGUGAACCAGUAGGUUUUUUAUUUGUUUGCUGCUCUUUAGACAGAGAGGUUCACGUAAUGCAGAAUCAAUAGUGUCAACAAAAGUGACUCCUGAGUGGGUGUUCGGAAGGUCUUGAAAUUCAUGUGCACAUUACGCCAUCUUCUACUGUGUAUCCUGAAGCAUGUU